UUUGCUAUCAUAUUCUUUUAAGUCUAGUUGCAAAGUAGAGCAACUAUGCUUGUUCUUUUACUAUUUUCCAUUCCUUUAUACUAUCUUCCAUUGAUAAAUGCUAUUCCAGGUCACGUUUUACAAGACUGUGUUCUUUUAGGCUCUAAAGUAUUCUGUUAUGGAGGUUAUUCACAAGCUGCCAAUGGUGGCUUUACCAACAUGACCAACAUGCAUAUUUCUACUGAUUUGUCACAAGCUACAUUUACUGAAGCUUUAUUUACACCCAAUUGGAACAUUAUUACUAGUGCGAACCCACCUCCUAUUGAAAAUAGAGCAGGCUUUGGUAUGACUCCUCUCGAUAAUACACGAUAUAUGAUAUUAGGUGGUGCUCAUCUCAACGAUACUGUUAUCAAUCCUGCCGUCAUUUAUGACUCGAACGCCAACACUUGGACAGCUUGCCCAGCUCCUCCCUUUUAUGGAUUUCAAGGUACUCUGGAAGCCAGUGAUCCUAAUACUGUAUGGGGUUAUGGUGGACAAUUGAACGCAAGUACUAAUCCAACGCCAGCCAAUACACUGAAAUUUGAUUUGACAACAGCACCUGGUCUAUGGACACUUCAAACUAAUAGUGCGAAUAAACCUGCUACAAGUCGAUUUGGUCAUGCGUCUGUUAUACGAGGUGGAACGAUUUCUUAUUUUGGUGGUUUUAUGUAUGCUGCCAAUCCUACUGAUCCACCAACGCCCAUUCCAUUCACUCAAGUCGCUUUUUACAACACGGUCACCGAUAUAUGGGGUAUGGUAAAUGCUGUUGGUGAUAUUCCUGAAUCAAGACAAGGACAUACUGUCACUUUGAUUAACAAUAGUUCCAAAGUACUGAUUUAUGGUGGUACUUCGAGUACAAAUCUUCAAGCCUUUCCUUUAUUGAAUUAUACUUUUGUUCAUGAUUUGGGUACGCAUAAUUAUACUAGAAUCGAUUUUGGUGAUGGACCUUCAGCUGGCCCCCGAUAUGAUCAUUCAGCUGUGGCAUACAAACAGUAUGUCCUUAUUCUUUUUGGUAAUGACAGUGGCGGCGGUAUCCAGAAUACUACUUAUGUGCUUGAUGUAUCCAAUCCUCUCAAUCCUCAAUGGGUGGGCAAUGUCUCUGAUCCAUCUCCAUUACCAUCAUAUCCACCAUCAUCAUAUGAUGGUCAUGAAAGCACUGGUGCUAUUGUUGGUGGUGUGAUCGGUGCGGUGGCCUUUUUAGCGGUAAGGACACCAAAAAAAAAAAAAAAGGACUAUGUAACAAUAAUGAUUAUAUACUAACACCUUUUAUUAUUAUUUUAUUAUUAUCAUUCGAAUGAGCAGAUUGUAGCUGGUGGUGCUUAUUAUUAUAGACGCAGA